GGUGGAGGCGGAGGGAGGCGGCGGCGGCGGCGGCGGAGGGGGGAAGAUGGCGGCGCCCGUCCUGCUGAGAGUGUCGGUGCCAAGGUGGGAACGGGUGGCCCGGUAUGCAGUGUGUGACGCCGGGAUCCUGCUCUCCAUCUACGCCUACCACGUGGAGCGGGAGAAGGAGAGGGACCCGGAGCACCGGGCCCUCUGCGACCUGGGGCCCUGGGUGAAGUGCUCCGCCGCCCUGGCCUCCAGAUGGGGUCGAGGAUUUGGUCUUUUGGGUUCCAUUUUUGGAAAAGAUGGUGUAUUAAACCAGCCAAACAGUGUCUUUGGACUUAUAUUUUAUAUACUACAGUUAUUACUUGGCAUGACAGCCAGCGCAGUUGCAGCUCUGGUCCUCAUGACCUCCUCCAUCGUGUCCGUGGUGGGGUCUUUGUACCUGGCCUACAUUCUGUACUUUGUGCUGAAGGAGUUUUGCAUCAUCUGCGUCACCACAUAUGUGCUGAACUUCCUUCUCCUCAUCAUCAACUACAAACGACUGGUUUACUUGAAUGAGGCCUGGAAGCGACAGCUGCAGCCUAAGGAAGACUGACGGCCAGGGCUCUCCACCCAACCGUCUCCAACACUUCUUUCAUUAAGUUUAUUUUGCAAGGUUUUUUUUUUUUUAAAUUCACAACAGACAUUUUCCCUGAGAAUCUUAAACUGAUUUUUUUAAAAUAUUGUAAAUUAGAAGGGGCCCUAGCUAUUUCCUGUGUCAGUCUUCAUUUUAAAUCUGGAUACAAAAAAAGGAUACGCCGAGCCAAUCAAAGACAAGCUUUACCUUUACCUUGAAGAUGUUUCUGAGAUAAUAAAAUGUAGCCCUAGCCCCCGGUCCUCAACCGUAAAGUGAGCAGCCAUUGCUAGUAAUUCUUUAAUGUGUAUAAAUUCAAUUUCAGGUAUAACAAAAUGUGAUCAUGAACAUGAAAAUAUUUUAGAAUAGAUACUGUAUUAAAUAUUGCCAUGUUUACAAUAUGUAAUAUGUUUUUAGCCGAUGGAUUUAAACCUGUAGAUUCAAUUAGAGUCCAUUCGUGUGAUAUUUGUAAAUAAAGGUAGAAACAUUGGAUCCACCCCUGCAGAACUUACUGUACAGUUUAGUUAAAGAGUAGUGAGGGACUGUCAGCUCACCGGGACUGGUAAACAGUGGAGGGAGUAGACGCAGACAGACCAUCUUGGGAAACGUGCUGACAGCCCUGGUGCAGUGUUGACAGCAGAAACAGGAGGGUGGUUGGUUCCCUUCCAUCUCCUCCUCUGAGAGGAAGAAACUAAGUCUGAACAUCCAAGUCAAGCUUGACUAGUCAGAACUGGAUGGAUCGGACCUUACGGGAUGUCACGUGACUAGACCUUUUAAUUCCAAGGAUCUCAGGACACUGACCGUGGGAAGUGGAUGUAGUCUUUGGAGAAAAACUGAAACCACUAUGGCAUUUCUGGGCAAAGCCUCUUACACAGUAGCUGACCUCAGUAGAGGUGUGUUCCCUCGCUUCCGGUGCCCGUGAGCUCAGCAGUAUUAGACUGAAGCUGGCACAAGCCAAGUGCUCCGAGGUCAGUCCAGAGUGUUUCCCCUUGUCCUUUCUUCUUGCACUAAGGAUUGUCAGUAAGUGUUUCAGAAUCACAUACUGAAUUUGUAAACCUUAGGGCUGUCGUGAGGAAUCGUUUGCUGACUCAGAAGAAACACAACACGUAGAAAGAUCUGGAAGAGAAAUGUGGAAACUUUGUCCCACUCCGGUAGCCACACAGAAGCAGUGAGAAGAAACCCAGAGGUGAUCUGAAUAAACCCUGGUGGCAUAGCGACUGUGUUUCUCUGGUUAGCAUCUUAAAGGAGAUGUUAAAAGUGCCUUCUGUCUUAAAUCUCAAACCAAAUCAUUCUGUGUGUUGAACUGGGGCAGAAGUAACCCUCCUUUCCUUCCUCACCGCGAAGCAGAGCACUUGCAUUCUACCAGAAGGGUCUGUGCGGCCACUGUAUUCCUCGGGUUGAAAAGUGGCAGUGUUUUUGUUUAAUUUGGUUAAUAUGUUCAAAAAUAGGAAACUAGACAGCAAAUUCUGAGACCGCAGUUGUGGGGCGGUUUAAGACCUUCCAUCGUCACUGAUGUACCAUAGGAUUUCUGGCCGGGACAGCUAUAAAAUAGGAAUUGUAAAGCCCUCUUACUUAGGAGGUUCCAACCAGUGUCUUAACAGACAGCUCAAUUCCGAUCUCAUCAAAGGUGUUUCCCCAUGAAUGUGAACAUUUCCGUGACUAUCUUACUGUGUACGCAUUGCUGUUGUCGUCUGAAGUAGUUAAAGGACGUCUAGAAAGUACUGAAUGGGAUUUAUGGUAAACCAAGUCCUCUUUGGAGAACUGUACAGUGAGGUCAUCUCAUAGCCCUGUGUCCAGGUCUCCCAAGGCAGUGGAAUGGCUAAUAGCUGACUUCUGCUGCUUACAUAUCAAGGCUCUGCUAGACAUGUCCCUUGGGUCCCAACUCCAAAUGACCUGUUCUGUCUUUUGUCACUCAGCAGAGUGGCUUUAAAGCUUGUCUUGACAUUAUAGACGUCUCCAACCCUUACUCAAAAUGUGCGAGGGUUCCAUCCACCGAACCCUUCGAGCUUCCCUUUGCUUUCCUAACUCUUGGGAGUACUGCCAUCAUUGGUUGUUUGUUUGUUUGUUACAUUCCUGUGACUUAAUAGAAUGAAUACCCCUUUCUCACUGAGAGUUAACAGGUGCUGUUGCAAAAACAGCAUUUGCCGACCAGUGUGCUCUUGCUUGCCUGUGGUCCCAUCACUUGGGAUUUAGAUGCAGGAGGAUCAGGAAUUCAAGGUCAUCCUUGACUACAUAGCAAAAUAGAGACCAGCAUUAGCUACAGGAGACCCUAUCUUUUUGAAAAAAAAAUUUUUUUUUUUUUUUUUGCUAAAAUAUAUGUUCUCUGUAAGUGAGCCUGUUGUGUUUUAUUUGGUAGUUUUGCCCUGAGGGAAUUCAGGCUUCUCUCUGUACCUUCUAUUAAACUUAGUGGAGUGGGGGAGAAAACACUGUGUUAUAAAACUGCUAAUACUGUUCUGACCGUUUCAGACUGAGUAUUUAAACACUGAAGAAGCAGGGUUUGGCCGGACCUGGUGACACACACUUGGCUGGCGGCCCAGCACUUGGGGAGCAGAGGCAGGAGGAUCUCUGAGUUCUAGGCUGCCCUGGCCUAGAUAGCUCCAGGACAGCCAGGGUUAUAUAGUGAAACCCUGGCGCAAAAAGCUACCCACAAGACUAAUAAUGAACACUGCUAGUUGGCUUACAGGAAAUACGGAGAGGCAGACUAGGGGGGAAAUGACUCCUACAGUAAUUCUGUGCUUCAUGGGUUUGAAGUGAUCCUAACAAAGGAAGCCUCUCACUUCGUAGCAACAAUAUUUGAGGGAGUAAGAGAAGUUCUGGCUAGGUAUGCUCCAGGGCCUGUGCUUGGCUUGUGGGAUUUCCCUUGGUCCUUUCCCACAGCUAGUUUCUGUCAGGGAGGGUAAACUUCUGGUACAACUCAGGUUUAACUGGUUGCACUAGCUGUGUGCCAAGAAUUAUUUCUGUUCCAUUUAUCCUCUCCAGCUCUUCUCUUGUGGUUUUUGUUUUGUUUUGUUUUUAAAGAGACACAUGAUCUUUCUCUGUAGUUUAGGCUAUCCUAGAACAUACUACAUAGCCCAUGCUGGCUUCAAACUUGACAUUCCUCCUGCCUUAGCCUCCCAAGUGCUAGGAUGAGUGGUUCAAAUUCAUUAUAUAUAAGGAAUGGUGAAAAGCAUUGACUUUUUUUCAUGUAAAGAGACGAGUUUGAGGGGCCAGGGAGGUGACUUAGCAGUUAGGAGCACUUGUCAUUCUUGCAGAGGACCCAGGUUUGGCUCCAAUCACCCACAUUUCUGCUUAACCUUUAUUUGCACCUCCAGUUCCUGGGGAUCUGACACCCUCUCCUGGCCCCUGAGGGCACUGCAUGCCUAUGGUGUGUAGACAUACAUGCAGGCAAAACACCCAUGUACGUAGGAAAGUAUUUCAUUUGGUACAAAAGGUCCUUGAACCUGUGAGGUAAGAUAUAGGACAAUAAAAUUAAUAUUGUUGCUUUUUUCUUUUAUUUAUAAUUAUAUUCAAAAGACUAAAAGUACAGCCAGGCAUGGUAGCACAUGCCUGUAAUCCCAGCACUUGGGGAGUAGAGGCAGGAAGACCAGAAGUUCAAGAGCAGUCUGGGCUAUUUUGAGACCUUGUCUCUAGAAAAGACAAAGCUCAAACCACAGAGACUGCUCAGCAGUUCCUUGCUAGGCCCCAGCUGGUACCACAGUUGAUUCCGAUGGGUACUGGGAGGUGUGGUGGGUGACCUGCCCUUCGAAGUCAGAAGAAUGUCAGUGAAGUUCCCCACUGUCAUAUCCAGGAACCUGUCUGAGGCUGUGAACCUCACCCACUCCUGUUUCCUCCCAGUGCACAUCCGUCGGUGUUCCUGCCCCUCUCCACCUUCUAGCAUUUUCUGCAGUACAUUAAUGAAUCCUAAUUUUGUAAGAACCCUGAGUCAAAAGAGCAGAGUAGGAUUCCAGGCAAUAUGACCAAACGUCCCCUCCCCCUUCUAAACUAACUGGCCCAGGAGAGGCGAAGUGUUAUGAGGCUGUAUUGAGCAUGGCCUAGAUCGUAGGUGUGUAUGACCUGUGAAGUAUGUACCAUCUAAAAUAUUACUCCUGCUUCGAAAGCUCCUGAGUAAACAUUCGUGUAAAAAGGAGUUCACUGGGAAGAUUCCCUCUUUAAUAUAGAUAGAAAUAUUCUUUAUCAGAGAUUUAGGAUACCAUUUUGCUAACUGGUAAAUAAAAACAGAUGUAAAUAUGUAAGAAUGUUUAUUUGUUGCACAUAACUUUUUUGGUAUAAAAUAAAUGUAGACAUUACCUGUGGA